AUGUCGUCCUUCUUAAUCGCCCGCGAGUCAAGGUCCGCCAAGGAACGGUGGUCGGGACAACAUUCCGCGAUGGUCUCCCCCAGCCGGUCGAGGUCUUUCGUGGCAUUCCCUAUGCGCUACCACCGGUUGGAGAUAGGCGGUUUCGGCGCGCGCAGCCUAUUCCAGAUUCAGAAAUACGAUCGAUGCGAAUGCCCUGGGAAGCAGCUGAUCCCUAUCAAGGGCGACACCGGCAGCAGUGAGGACUGUCUGACGGUCAAUGUCUUCCGGCCUCAGGGAGUCAAAGGAAAACUCCCCGUGGCUAUCUAUGUUCAUGGCGGCGCCUACAAUCGCGGCACAGCUGCGAUGCACAACACGGCCUCGAUGGUCGGAUGGUCCGACAAGCCCUUCAUCGGAGCUACUUUUAAUUACCGCAUUGGCGCGCUCGGCUUUUUGCCGUCCACCAUCACCGCCGAAGAAGACAUCCUCAACCUGGGCCUCCACGACCAGAUCCUCCUGUUCAAAUGGGUACAGGACAAUAUUGAAGCGUUUGGGGGCGAUCCCACCCAGGUGACCCUAUUCGGGCUGUCGGCAGGGGCUCAUUCUAUCGCCCAUCAUAUCAUGAACAAUGACCUUGGACACACAUAUUUCCACCGAGCCAUCAUCGAAUCCGGUGCGGCCACCUCCCGUGCCGUCCACCCGUACAACGGCCGUCUCCACGAGGACCAAUUCCGCGAGUUCGUCGAAGCCGCCGGCUGUAAAGAUAGCCCCUCUACGGAGGUGAUGCGCUGCCUGCGCAGCCAGCCAUCCGACGCCGUCAUCAACGCCUCCUUCACCGUGUUUGACCGGUACAAUCCGUCCGUCCGGUGGGCCUUCCAGCCCGUCAUCGACGGCGAGCUCAUCAAACAACGCCCCAUCGACGCCUGGAAGUCCGGCCGAUGGAACCAGGUCCCCAUCCUGACAGGUUUCAACACCAACGAGGGCACAUACUACGUGCCCCGCGCGAUGUCCCGCUCAGCGGAGUUUACGGACUUCUUCCGCACGCUGCUGCCCGCAUACUCCGAGAGCGACAUCCGCACCAUUGACGCGCUGUACCCGGACCCUGCGACGGACCCAUCAUCGCCGUACGUCGAGACACGCGGUAUUCCCGUCGGAGCGCAGUAUAAGCGCGUCGAGGCGGCGUACGGCCACUACGCGUAUGCGUGUCCCGUGCGACAGACCGCGACGUUUGCGUCGCAGGGCCAGGAGGCGCCGGUCUUUCUCUAUAGAUGGGCGGUGAAUAAGACCGUGCUUACAGGCGCAAACCACGGGGACCAGAUGCCGUAUGAGACAUUUAAUCCGGAGGUUCGUGAGAUCUCGCUGACGCAGGAGGAGAUUGCGGGGACGUUGCAUGCAUACUUUACUUCGUUUAUUGUUGCCGGGGAUCCGAAUGCGGUUCGGGGGAGGUAUCCGCAUCGGCCUUUGUGGGAGAACUACGAUGCAUCUGUGCAGGCAGGAAAGAGGAUCAUGGUUUUCGGGGAGGGGAAUGAUGAGCGCGCUGGAGGAGGACAUGUGGGUGUCCCGGCGCAGAUGGUGGAGGAUGAAUGGAGUCGGAGGGAGUGUGAUUUCUGGUGGACGAAGGCUGGUAUUUCUGAUUAA